AGCGCACUCCCGUUAUAAAGGACACAUCCAUCCUACGCUACCAGCCAUAACGAUUCCGAUAACAACAUUCGGAAAGGAAGCUAUACUAGCCAUGGCAUCCAACAAGAAAAUUGUCGAUGAAGUUCCUGGUUGGAUUCGAGUUUACGACGAUGGAACUGUGGACCGAACUUGGACGGGUACACCAGAGAUGGAGCCCUUGUUGAAACCAGUCUCACCCCACGAAGAAUUCAUAAAUGGGGUGGCUGUUCGUGACCAAAUUAUCGAUCCGAAAACAGGCCUUGCAGUCCGAAUUUAUGUCCCAGAAAUGAAAAGCAAUGUCCAAACCAAAGCUAAGAUACCAUUGAUCCUUCAUCUUCACGGUGGCGGCUAUUGCGUAUGCCAACCUGACUGGAGCUUAUACUACCACUUCUGUACACGACUGGUGAGCUCGGUUCAAGCUAUUUUGGUCUCCGUCUACUUUAGGCUGGCCCCCGAACAUCGGCUCCCAGUUGCCGUGGAGGAUUCUUAUGCUGCGUUGCUCUGGCUCCGUGCCAAUGCUCGCGGCGAAUUAUCUGAUCAAUGGCUCACGAGCUAUGCUGAUUUUAAUCGAGUGUUUCUGGUCGGGGAUAGCUCCGGUGGGAAUUUAGUUCAUCAAGUAGCAGCUCAAGCAGGGUUCGAUGAUAUUGAGCCUUUAAAGCUAAGAGGCGGGAUAGCCAUACAACCUGGCUUCAUAUCUGACAAGCCGAGUAAGUCAUAUUUGGAAAUACCUGAAAAUCCAUUAUCAACAAGAGAAAUGAUGAAAAAGUUCACGUCAUUGGCCGUGCCUAUUGGUAGCACUGGGGAGCACCCGAUUGUGUGGCCAUUAGGUCCUCAAGCACCACCACUAACCACUCUGAAACUUCCACCUAUGCUCGUUGUGGUGGCGGAGAUGGAUUUACUUCGAGACUAUGAAUUAGAAUAUUGCGAGGAGAUGAAGAAAGCUGGCAAAGAAGUAGAGGUUUUUAUGAAUUAUGGAAUGAGUCACAGCUUCCAGUUUAAUAAGCUUGCCAUUGACAUGGAUCCAGAGAUAGCUAACCAAACUAAUAAGAUGGUUGAGGUGAUUGUAAGUUUUAUCAAUAGGAGCUGAGGGUAUUGAUCAUGAUAUUUUCGCUUCCAUUUUCAUUGCUACAUGGUCAUUUUGCCAUGUUACAUGUUGCAAAAAUGCCUAGCAAUUCUAUCUUUUUAGUAUUGCUGCUUGAUCUUUUCCUGUCUUUGAAUUGAAAAUCAUUUAACAUGUUAUUUGAUGGAUUUAUUUUUGGCAAGUGAAUAUUAUAGGAUAA